UCAUUGGAUCCUUUUGUGUUUGUAGAUGGCGUUUAUUUACUAACAUCGCAUCAGUGCGAAGUUUCGCAGGAAGUAAACUUUUGCGUUGGAAUAUUUCAUGGACAAUAGUUAUCCUAAACAGUUUGAAGCGUUCGUAAACCGGAACCGUAAACCGGCGAUGGCUAGUUCCAGUUCGAAAGGCAGCCAACCCAAGAGAUUAAAAACUGUUGAGGAGCCAAUAGUGACGGUGCCCACCGGAAAUCCUCUCACAUUUUGCCGAUUGUGCUUUUCGAAUAAUGUAGCCCGGCGGCUCACCGUCAAAGAAACCAUCGAGAAUUGGAUCGAGUACAUCGCCGAAAAUGCCGGAAUCCAGAUGGACAUCGAGGAGGAUCCGUGCUUUGCCGUGUGCUUCGGAUGCACGACCGGGCUGGAGAGCGUCAGUCAGUUCCGCGAUAAAUGCCAAAACCGCGAUAUGGCGCUGAGGAUGUAUCGGGCACAGCUGGCGGCACCGAAGGCACCGCCGCCCUUGUCCUUCAUAAGCGACAAGCAAAUCUUGAUUUCGAAUGUGAUGACGCUGGCGCCGGUGCAACCACAACCGGCAACGGUGAUUCCACCGCCUCCCGUAGUGCCGUCUGAGCUGGUACCGACGGCGACGGCGACCCAAUCAAUCGUACCCUCAGUGCCACCCGUGCCACCGGAAGCGACGAUGAUUACGUGCUACGCUUGCGAUUUGAAAAUACCAAUCGGAUUGCCAUACAUGAAGCACAUGAAGAUGUUUCACAGGGUAAAGGGCAAACUGCUGCAGUGUCCGCAGUGCGACAAGCGCUUCCGAAAGAGCGAACUAUUUCAGCGGCACGUGAUGAAGCACAAACCACACACGCCACUGGGUAAGAAGUGCCGCGUGUGCUAUUCAUACUUCCGAACCACCGAAGAGCUUGACCAGCACCAGAUAUACGCACACGACUUGCAGUUUAAGUGUCGGAUAUGCUACAAAAGAUUCGCUACACAACGGGAAAAAGUGAUCCACAAGGAGGUGCACAAAUCGGAACUGCCAAGGCGGACUUACCGGUGUAAAAUGUGCAGUCUUACUUUCCCCAAUGGGCAUUUGUUGAACAAGCACGUCAACAAGCACGAGCGAUACAUCGUUUGUCCCGCAUGCGAGAAGGCUUGCGCCGGGCUGGAACAGUAUUUGAGCCAUCAAACCAUUGACCAUCAGAACGGCUCGUGCCUGACGGAAUGUGCCCCCUGCCAAGUAAGUUUUCAGAACUAUGCCGAGCUGCGGGUGCAUAUGGUCGCCAAGCACACAGGAUAUGACCCGAACGCGAUCGAGAACGACGAAGAAGUAUCUUCUGACCCGGAUGAAGGCUCGGAACAAGUCGUCGAGAGCGAAGCGCCGGCGGCGAUGGAAACGGUAAGCCUGUCGGACGAAGACCAAGAGGAUCCGGAAGCAAAUGCCAACGACGACGACGACGCCGAUGACGACGAAUUGUUUCCGGCCUACUUGGAAGGUGAGGAAGAGGACGAGCAGGAAGGAGACCAACCGGAAGGCACGGAAGCUAUGGGUGACGCAGUCGAGAAUGAGCUGAUGGAGGAUGAACUGACCCUGGAGGACGCGAUUCCGGACAAUGGGUUCGAUCUGUACGGGACGGCUUUUCCGCGGCAGAUUACGAUCACGCUGGAUGACAGUUCGGGGUAAGAUCUGUAGAGUGACAAUCGGUAAUGCUGGGCAUGGAAUGGAAUAGAAUGAUUAUUGAGUUGAA